GCUGUGUGAAGAAGAUAACAAAAAGUUACGAUAUGAUGUCACAGCUGAUUGAUUUAGAUAUUUGAAUCGAAUCACUCCGAUUAAAUGUCGUUGUUGUCGGUGCAAGCGAGUAAAGUGUAAAAUUAUUGUUAACGAAAUUUGAAAAUUACUAUUAAAAAUCUGCAAAUAUUCUAAAUAACGGAUCUAAUAACACUGUAUACAUUUAUUCGUGAUUCGCCUUCAUACAAUGCCGAAGAAGAAACCUUGUCAAACUGCAACUCCGCAGCAGGAUAUCAGAUCAUUUUUCAAACAAAAGUCUGCACCAAAAGAGAAGCCUAUUACUAAAGUAGAUUUGAGUGAUGAUGAUGUGAUACCAGAGUCUCCAGAUGUUCACAUUGCAACUAAGAAAAAGCAAGCAAGGAAAAGACAAGUUGUGGAUGACUCUUCUGAUGAAGAAAUAUUUACUAGUAAAAAAAAGAAAAGUUCAAAUGAUAAGAAAGAUAAAACUGAAAUUUCAAAUAGCAAAACAUCAGAAAAAGCUCCACUGAAAGAAGUGAAACCUUCAGAUUUGUUUGGCAAAGGACCUAUCAAAAGAACAGAACCUAUAGUCAAAAAGGAAAAAAAGGAUCUGAAAACUGAAAUUGGUAUUCAUAAUGAUGAAGAUUUUGAGAAAAGCCUUUUAGAAAUUGAUAACAUUGAAAGUGAAGCGUUGAAUGGUAUACAAGAUGCCAAAAAAUGUGAAACAAAAACAAAUAAUGUUAAAUCUAAUGGAGAUGUAACAAAAGUUGAUGAAAUUACUAAACCUAAUAAGUCCUCUGAAAAGAUCUCUGACAAUUCUCAUACAGAAAAACAAUUGAAAGAUAAAUCUUCAAAUGGUCGCAGUAAUUCAGAUACUGACAAAAACAAAAAAAAGAAAGACCAUACAUCUGGAAAAAAAUCGAAUGAAGAGAAAUCAACUCUGUCAGAUAAUCCAAUUCUUAAAAAAGAAAGGAAUAAUGUACUCACAUCUCCUGAAGAACUAAGAAAAGUAAAUAAUGAAAAAAGUAAAGGACCAACUGAUAAUAAAAAAGAACCUGAUAAUAACACGUUAGCAAACAAAGAAAGUGAAUCUAAAGAAGAUGUCAAUCCACCUAAACCAGAAAAGUAUAAAAUUCCCAAGAAACCUUCAACAGAAUCAACUAAACAUAAUGAUACAAAAGAAGAAAACAAAAACAGUUCCAAGAAAAAGCAAGAUGAUAAAGUGUCUAAAAUGGCGAAAAGCAAAAGGGCUUUUUCUGAGUUUGUUGGUGAAGAUGAAGGCACCCAAAAUCAUGACACUGACCACAGUGAGGAAGCACCCAAGAGUAAAAAGAAUAAACUUAACUCUACAUUAAAUAAUUCAGUUGUCUCUGAUGAAGAAAGGUAUGAGAAGAAAAGACAUUCAGCAAUCCUUUAUCAAAACUACCUUAACAGGACAGGUCCAAAGAACCCAGGAUCUAAAGAGAUACCAGAGGGAGCUGCAAAUUGUCUAAAAGACUGCGCGUUUCUGCUCACUGGAGUGUUGGAAUCGUUUGAAAGGGAUGAAAUUGCUGAGGCUAUAACCAAAUAUGGCGGCACUGUUAAAAGUGGAGUCAGUAGAAAGGUAACCCAUGUCUUAGCAGGCGAAGAGGCUGGUCCCGCGAAGAUUGCCAAGGCAGAGGAACUAGGAAUCAGAAUUAUUAACGAGGAUGAAUUCCUCAAGCUUAUUGUAGACCUUUCAAACAAAGAUGCUCCCAAAAAAGUUGAAAAAGGCAAGCAUGAAAAGAUGAAUAAAAAAGAUAAAACUUCUCCUGAUGACGAUAAAAAAACUGAAUCCUCUAAGAAGAGAACAAAGGCAUCGGAAGAAGCUUUGAAGAACUUUGAAGAAAAAGUUAAGAAGAACUUUUAUCCUAAAGCCAAAGAAACCAUUAAGAUUGAGUCGUCACCCGAAAAAGAAAUGGAACCUAGUACUUCUAAAUCAUCUCAAACUAAGCAUAAAAUAGAUGAGGUGAAAAGGACUGACAGUAACAUCAGCAGUAGCAGCAGUGUAGCAGACAUGAAGUCGGAGCAUUCUUCUUCUUCGAUCGCGGGCAACUCGCAGAUGUGGGUGGAGAAAUACAAGCCACAGAACAUCAAGCAGAUCAUCGGACAGCACGGAGACGCUAGCAAUGUUAAAAAGUUGAUGAACUGGCUGACCCGGUGGUACGUGAACCGCAAGGAGAAGCUGUCAAAGCCGAGCCCGUGGGCCAAGAACGACGACGGCGCGUUCUACAAGGCCGCGCUGCUGUCCGGACCGCCCGGUGUCGGUAAGACCACAACAGUGUCGCUAGUGUGCAAGGAGCUCGGCUUCGACGCGGUGGAGUUCAACGCGUCGGACACGCGCAACAAGACGCUCAUCAAGGGACAGAUCGGCGAGCUGCUCACUACCAACUCGCUGUCCGGGUAUGCUAGAGGCGACACGGGCAAGCAAGCUGUGAGCAAGAAACACGUUUUAGUUAUGGAUGAAGUAGACGGCAUGGCGGGGAAUGAAGACAGAGGUGGUCUCCAAGAGCUGAUAUCACUGAUCAAGACGACGGCGGUGCCGAUCAUCUGCAUGUGCAACGACAGGAACAGCGAGAAGAUGCGCACGCUGGUGAACUACUGCUACGACCUCAAGUUCCAGAGGCCGCGGGUGCCGCAGAUCAUGUCCGCGAUGCUCUCCGUAUGCUGCAAGGAAGGCAUCAAGAUCCCCACCGAAGCCCUGACCCAGCUGAUAGUGGCGUCCAACCAGGACGUGCGACAGACGCUCAACUCGCUCUCCAUGUGGGCCAUCGACCCCGCGCUGCUGGAUGCUGAUGGGCUGAAGAAAGACGCGCAGAAUAAGAAGAAGGACUUGAAAAUGGGUCCAUGGGAGGCCAUCCGCAAAGUGUUCUCAGCGGAAGACCACAAGAGCAUGUCCAUACACGACAAGAGCGACCUGUUCUUCGCGGACUACAGCCUGGCGCCGCUGUUCGUGCAGGAGAACUAUCUGCACGUGCAGCCGCACUGCCCCAAACACGAAGUGCUGGAGCGGCUGAGCCAGGCGGCGGACAGCAUCAGCCUCGGGGACACGGUGGAGGCGCGCAUCCGCGGCCAACAGGCCUGGAGCCUGCUGCCGCUACAGGCGAUGUACAGUUCAGUGAUCCCGGGCGCGGCGCUGUCCGGGCACGUGGCCGCACAGGUUCAGUUCCCGGCCUGGCUCGGCAAAAACUCACGACACAACAAGAUGAAGAGACUCGCGCAUGAGAUACACGCGCACACCAGACUCAGUGCAACAGCGUCCAAAUCCUCAAUCUUCCUCGACUACGCGCGGGCGCUCCGAGACUCCAUCGUGACCCCGCUGGUACAAGACAAGGCGGAGGGCAUCCCGGCGGCCAUCGACCUGCUCACCUCCUACCACCUCACCCGCGAGGACCUGGACUCGCUGGCCGAGCUGGCCACGUGGCCCGGCCAGAGGGACCCUAUGGUGCUCGUGGAUUCUAAGGUGAAAGCCGCCAUGACGCGCGCCUACAACAAGCAAGCGCCGGCGCUGCCGCACGCCGCGCCCUCCUUCUCCAAGAGCAAGCGAGACAGAGACGCCGAUAGCCAGUACACCGAGACGGAAGAUGACGUCGAGGCAGAAGAGGACAGCGAGCCAGAGAACGACGCUAUGAUCAAGGUCAAAAAAAAGACGGCACCGAAAUCAAAAGAAUCAGAGAAACCCAGCACCAGUAAAGGAGACAAAGGGAAGAAAGGAAAGGGAAAAAAGUGAUAUUAGGUACUAUUAAAAUUGCAUUGUUUUUUAUUUUUUCUGUCUCAGUCACACUCUAUGACGUGUGAGCAAGAUGCUAGUAUUAUGCUGUAGAAUCACAAUUUGAAUAUUAUGUAAGUACUUACCCAUCUCAUGCAAAAAUCGGAGGUCGUUAUGUUUAUUUUAGUUACAUUUCUUAAAUUGAUCAUGUUUUGUUUUGGAUUUAAACUGUUAUUUAAAAAGCCCAUCGAUGUUAAUUAAAAGGAACCUGUAUUUUUUA